AAAAGUUGCGGGAUGCCUAAAAAUGACCGCCAUAUUUUGCUUUAAGCAGUUUCUUCUUCUACACUUUUUUCCAUGUUAUUGACUUUGGAAUAGACGCAUGUAAUUAAAUGUCUGGUGUAAACAUGCAUGGUUCGACCGCGCCUGAUCGAACACAAGGUUUGUCUAUGGAAACUAAGAUGGUACUCAUGCAACAGCAGUUGGCACUACUGUUGCAUGCUGAUCACUGUGAACGACUUGAAAGGAGGGGGAUUGCGACAAACUGCAUAGAUCGAAACUGUGGGGAAAUUCGAAAUUUACUGCCUCAUCUACAGAGUUGUACUCGAGAAAAAGAGUGCAGUGUUCCACACUGUAUUUCAUCGAAGUACAUACUGCGACACUACCGUUCUUGUAGAGACGCAGAAUGCAGAGUUUGUUCAGCAAUUAGGAAGCCUACUGGAAACGCUAUCGCAUCGUCAAUAUCGUUACCUAAUAAUUGUUCUCAAAAUGGACUCAGUUCAAAUCAUAAAUCUGAUUUGUCAGCGCUGAAUGGUAUUAAAGUGACUGACUCUCCACUACCAUCUCAGAAGAAUUCAUUUUCAGCUAGUUCUUGUGAAUCACAGUCAGCAACUAUGGUAAAUGGUGACGUUAGUCGGGUACCCUUAAAUGAAAGUCGCAUAACUGAUCAGCAAAGAGAAUUAGCCAUGAAAAAAUUGUAAGUGUCUAUUUCUCUAAAAAUCAUUUUUCUAGUGUAAAUGAUAUAUCUUUAUCAAUUUUUCCAACGGCAAAUCCUACAGCAUAUAGUGAUCCUAGGAUGAAACAGUUUUUAGACUAUGUGAAACGAAUGGAAAAAGAUGUUUACAUGAAAUCUAAAUCGACGGAAGAAUAUUUCAAGACAAUGGCACUCCACUAUCACAACAUUCAUUCUGAAUUGAAAGAAAAGCGUCGUUUACGAGAAGCUUGUCCAUCACUACAGAAUGGGGAGGUGUCUGACGUUGCACAACCGUCAGAUCUAACGGAUUCUAUGACGUCAGAAAAUGGUCCAUCAAAAGUGAAUUCUUAUGAUCAGGAUCAGUUUUCAGACGCUUUGGAAAUUGUAUCCAAGCGUGAAGAACAAAUUCAGCGAGGAACGAAGACGGAAGUUGCUACCGAAAACUUAUCGAAUUCUUCUGGUUCGGCAGAUGUUUUAGAAGAGAAAGAUAGCAAGCAAGAUUCAAACUCCCCAGAAGCCAAAUGUCAUUCUAUUACUUCUAUAGAAACCAGUGAAGGCGAUACCAGAACAAAGGUUGACGUAAAAACAGAACCAGAUUCAGAAACACCUGAUACCAGUAAUUCUGAUGAAAAGAAGGUCGAAACUCAAAGUUCUCGAGAACCUAUCAGACGAAGAAUUUGGUAUUCCAAUGAGUUGUUGCAAUACUUCCUACCAGUUGUGAUAAAAAUAAGUAAAGAAAAGGAUGCUGAACCAUUCUUGACCCCCGUGGAUUGGAAGUUCCUUGAAAUCUAUGAUUAUCCACAAAUAGUUUCAGACCCUAUGGAUUUAUCAACUAUACGAAGAAAAUUGGAAGAUCGAGAAUAUAAGGAUCCUUGGGAGAUAGUUGAUGACUUUUGGCUGAUGCUUAACAAUGCAUGGCUGUAUAACAAAAAGACUUCUAAGGUGUAUAAGACGUGUACAAGGGUAAUUUUAUAUUUUUACUCAUACAUUUCUCUAGUUGGCGGAGACUUUCGAAAGCAUAAUCGAUCCUGUGAUGCAGUCAUUAGGAUUUUGCUGUGGCCGAGAGUACUAUUACCAACCACCUACAUUAACGUGUUUAACUCCGAAGUUUUGUACAAUAUACCGUGAUGCUGUUUAUUAUGUUUAUAAAAGCGAUGGUCAAACUCCUGGUCUUUUGGAACAGAAAUAUACGGUUUGUGAAAGAUGCUAUAACGAAGCUAUGGAUCAAAUAGCACUGGACAGUGACUCCAGUAGCCCAGUGUAAGUUGCAUUUCCUCUCAAUUUUAAAUACGCAUUUUAGGAAUGUUCAAAAAAGUUUGAUGGAGAAGUGCAAAAAUGAUGUCAAAGAGAAGGAACCAUUCGUUUUCUGCAAGCAUUGUGGCAGGAAAUGGCACAAAGUUUGCGCUAUUUAUCAUGAGGAUAUUUGGCCUGAUGGCUUUAUUUGUAAUCACUGCGUUGUGAACUAUGGAUUAAAACGUACAGAAAACCGAUUCACGGCCAAAAAGCUCACAACUUGCAAACUAAGCAACUUCUUAGAAAAACGCGUAAAUGAUUUUUUGAAGAAAAAGGAAGCCGAUGCAGGUGAUGUCAUUAUUCGUGUUCUUGCUGCAGCAGACAAAACUGUUGAGGUGAAAUCUGGUAUGAAGUCUCGGUUCUGUGACAAUGGAGAAAUGCCUGAGUCUUUCCCAUACAGAGUAAAAGCUAUUUUCGCAUUUCAAGAAAUCGGUGGUCAAGAGGUUUGUUUCUUCGGCCUCCAUGUACAGGAAUAUGGCUCUGAUUGUCCACUUCCUAACACCAGACGAGUUUACGUGGCUUACCUAGACUCUGUCUAUUUUUUUCGACCUAAACAAUAUCGUACAGAAAUAUAUCAUGAACUUUUGGUUGGUUAUAUUCACUAUGCAAAGUUACUUGGCUUCACAAUGGCUCAUAUAUGGGCUUGUCCACCUAGCGAGGGUGAUGAUUAUAUUUUUCAUAUGCAUCCACCUGAUCAAAAAAUCCCAAAACCUAAAAGGUUGCAAGAAUGGUACCAAAAAAUGCUCAAGAAAGCACUUUUUGAACGCAUCGUAGUUGAUUACAAAGACAUCUGUCAGGAUGCCAAUGAGUCUCACUUGAUAUCGCCAGCUGAGUUGGCCUAUUUCGAAGGAGAUUUUUGGCCAAAUACAUUGGAAGAAAUAUUUAAGGAAAUGGACGAAGAAGAUGCUAAACGAAAACAAGAGCAAGAAGCACUGGCUCGUGGGGAUGAUGAUGAUGAGGCGAAAGAAAACGUUCAAACGAAAGAAGCUGACGAGAAUCCUGGAAAAAAGAAAGCCAAGAGGAGAAAGCUUAAACGUAGUGCAUCCUUAACAAUUACGGGUAAACGGAAGCGCUUGAGUGGGAUUGGCUCAGGAGAUGUUGCAAAUGAGGUUGCUCGUCGUGUGUACGAAAUAAUGGAAAAACAUAAGGAAAACUUUUUCGUUAUACGAUUGCAUCCUCAAAAUUCUGUCGCAUCAUUGCCACCAAUCAAGGAUCCUGAUCCACUUAUCAACUCAGAAUUGAUGGAAUGCCGUGGUGCUUUCCUAGAGAAGGCUAGGGAGAAGCAUUUAGAGUUUUCAUCCUUAAGGCGUGCUAAGUAUUCCACCUUAGUUAUGUUAUAUGAAUUACAUAAUGAAAAUCGUCAACCUCUGAUGUACACCUGCAAUGUUUGCAACGCGCAAUUGGAAACGCCUUGGCAUUGUAAACAAUGUAUCGAGUAUGAUUUAUGCCCCCGAUGUUAUGAAACCGAAAACCAUCCUCAUCCUAUGGUGAAAAUAGGUAUAGGACUUGAUGAUUGCAACAAAGGGCAAGAAUCAAGUAGUGAUGCAGCUAUUCAGGAAUCGGGAAGAGAUAAAUUAACUCGCUGGGUAAAAGCUUUAGGCCAUAGUUGCUACUGUCGUGAUGCAAAUUGUCGUGUUUACGCUUGUAAAACUAUGAAGUACCAAGUUCAACAUUUCCGUGUCCACUCAACAGAUCGAAAUCAGUGUUCUGUUUGCCGAUUUAUUUAUUAUUUGUGUUGUUACCAUUCUAAAACAUGUCAUGAAUUGAAAUGUCUGGUACCCUUGUGUCCUAAACUAAAGGCAAAGAUGAAGCAGCAACAGAAACAGCAACGCCUAAAACAGACACAAAUGCUCCGUAGGCGGAUGGCUACUAUGCAGCGUUGUAACAACAUGACUCCUAGUCAUCAACCUACUCCUCCCCCAUCUCAGUCCUAUCAGCAGUGUUCUCAGUCAUCAACAUCUGACUGUAUAUCCUCCCCCAUGUCUAUACCCAUGCAAUCGUCUCCAUUUUCGUAUACUGCUGUUACUACUGCUUCCUGUAAUCUUACCUCUCCACACUCAAGAAGUCAAUCUUCUAUUCAGUCUCCACAGCAAAGUCAGUUUUUCCAUCCUCCUUGUCCAUCUUUCCAAAACACUCAGCAACCCACCUAUCCUCCAAAGUCAUUUGUACCCAGCCCAUCUAUUCCCAGAUCACCAUCUAUUUCUUCUGCGUCAACCUCUGCUUGUGUCCAAAACCUUCCUCAAUCCUCGGGUGCCCAUAAUCACCCUGUAUUUAAUUCAGAAUCAGACCAGUCUGUGAAUACACAUGUGGAUGUCAACAGAACGGGUUUCAGCUUUCCGCCGCAACCGAAAAAUUCUCUAUCUGUAGCUCAGCCUUUGACUUCUUUUAGUAACCAACAUCUAAUGCAGCGUCAGCAAGUACAAGAACGUCCUCAGCUAAAUCUUGCAAACAGUAUGACACCUAAUUAUGUUGUUCCUCAACAUACCCUUCAGUCACAUGCAUGCACUUCUGGACAUCCGAUUUUACACAGACCCCCAAUUACAUCCAAUUCAAUAUCUAUAGAUGGAUCAUCUCCUAAAUCGUUUAUGCAUCAGCCAUGUGUUUCCUCUAUGGAUGUUGAUUCAUCAUAUCCUCAACAAAUGAUGUCAAGUCAGCGGUUUCACACAGAAAACGAACAUAGUAAUUACUCAUUCAGCAAGCAACAAGUUAGUCAACGUCAUCCUUCACAAAUAUAUCCUCAAAUUGUUGAAGGGUACAAUCCUAGUACAUUUUUACCUGGUAGUAACCAAUCUUCAUCAGUAACUGUUUCGACUCCUAACUGGAAGCAACCUGGAACUGCAUCAUCGAGCAGUACUAUGUAUCCAGCAGGAUCAUCUACGUGUUCUACCCAACCGAAUGCAUCUGUCAUCCGAUCUGCAGUCCCACAACCUGUAGGAUCCACAACCCCACCGAAUUCUGGUGUUAUUGUUCCGUGUGGUGUCUCAUCAGAGGAUGUGCGGAUCGUUCAGCAGGCAUAUACCACUAUGAGGCAACGGGGUGCUCCGGCGUCUGAGUUCUCAAAUUGGUUGAACUCUAAUCCUCAGUAUAUGAGAGCAUGGCAGUAUAUGCAGCAGUCACAUUUACACAACCAACAACAGCAAUCUCAAAUGUCUGGAAGUUUAUCUAGCACAUCUAAUACUCAUUCCUGUUCUAUGGGGACACAGCAACACAAUGCUUAUUCUGUUUGCCAAACGCCACAGAAUCCUCAGUCUGUCACUGGGUUACGCUCCUUACCACAACCUAGGUAUUCCUAUCCACAAAUUCAGCAACAACAAGUUAUCUCAAAUCCUCAGUCACAGUCCUGGUCGUCUGUGCCUGUACAACAACCUCGUUUUCGUCAAGUGAUAUCAGCGCCCAGUUUCAAUCAGCAACCUAGUCAACAGUUUUCGAUUUCCUGUCAUCAACAAGUGAGCAAGUUGCCUUGUACAAGCAUGCCUCCAUCACAAACACCUAAUUCUCCUCAGCGCUAUAUGAGCCAAACAAAUUUGCCUCAACCUUGACCAAUCAGAUCCCUAUCUCACCUCCUGUAUCUAACAUAUCCCGUUGUCCGAAUGCUAUGAUUCCACAAAUGGCACCUCUCCCACGUUGUACCAACAAUCCACCCGUAAUGCCUUCCAUGGGACUUGUUAAUCCUGGUGGCAUGGGUCCUACACGCUCAGUCCAACCUUCUCCUCAUUACUCAUCUGUAAUGCUGUCACAGUUAUUAGGACCAGGUCAAACGUCUAAUCUUGUUAACAACCCAUCUUCCUUUUCAGAAUAUCCUAACUUACCAAAUAAACAACAUCUUGUCCGCCAGGAAUUCAUUCCUUCAACAGUUUUCCAACAGAAGCUAAAUUAAUGCUAAAUAUUCUUGUCUACAUACAUAUUUCAGCUUACUUUUCUUCAAAUACUUAUGCUGAUUUAAGAAAUUUUUUACUUUCGAUACAGAUGUGUGUAUAUAUAAUAUGAAUUUGAUUAAUGAAUUAUCUCUGAGUUUUGACUACUACUUGUUAUUUUCUUUCAUCAUAAAAAGCACAUGUAAAUAAUACUUCUAACCUUCUGGCAUUUUCUUUGACACCAUUCUGUACUAAUUUUAUUGUCUACUUCUCACUUCAGGUUUCCACUAUAAUGGUGAGAUCAUGUGAUUUUUCGCCUUUUUCUGUAUAUUUGUACAGGCUAUGAUAUGUGUAUACGUUAGCUACCACAAUUUUUACUGAGCUAGAUUUUACACCCAUCUACAUUAUCUAGCCUUCCUUAAAUUAAUGUAUUACUAAUUAUGUAAUUUUUUUUCUUUAAUAAGAAUUUUCUUUCCAAUCAUAAAUGCACAAACAGUUCAAAUAACGUUGAUUUUUUU